AUGUUACAAAUACUUUCUCUUACUGAAAAUAGUAUCUCUGGCAAUCUUCCAUCGUCAAUUGCCAAUGAGCUUCCUGAUCUCGAACUUCUCUAUCUUUCUGGCAAUCGAUUGAGUGGAGAAAUCCCUGUCUCUAUUUCAAAUUUUUCUAAGCUUACUCAAUUGGAUCUUGGUUACAACUCCUUUAGUGGACGAGUACCCAUGAAUCUUGGAAAUUUACAGAACCUACAGGUUCUAGAUUUUGGGGAUAAUCAGUUGACAAAUGAUCCUUCAAUGCUCGAAUUGGAUUUUCUUAUUUCAUUGAAAAAUUGUAGAAAGUUGAAGAUGAUAGAUUUGGGAAACAAUUACUUUGAUGGAAUAUUACCAAAAACCUUGGGCAAUUUGUCAGCGUAUCUUGAAAAAUUUUCUGCCUAUCAGUGCCAUAUUAGAGGUAUCAUUCCAAAUGAAAUUGGUAAUCUGAGCAACUUGUUCUGGUUAGACAUUGGAGUCAAUGAAUUGACAGGAAGAAUUCCUGACACAUUGGGUCAAUUAAGAAAAUUGCAAUGGCUGAGUCUUGGGGAAAAUAAACUACGGGGACCAGUACCUACUGGCCUUUGCAAUUUGGAACAUCUGUAUCUUGUAUCUUUGGAGUCAAAUCGACUUUCUCAAUAG